UACAACGCAUCGAAGAUAGCGAGGCCAAGUCUCUUUUAUCCUCUCUCUCUCUCUCAAGAAACGCAGCCUUGAAACCCUAGAAGUUGCCUCGAUUUCCGUUCUCUGCAUAGGUUCAAUUAAGCUCCGAGUCGCCUAAUCUUGCUUAAUUAAGCGUAGAUUUGGUAGUAAUUAGCGUGUAUGCAGAGCUAGUUUGAUUGAUCGAUCGAAAGAAAAUGUCGUCUUUGAGUAGAGAAUUGGUGUUUCUCAUACUUCAGUUUCUUGAAGAAGAGAAAUUCAAGGAGUCUGUCCACAAGCUCGAGAAGGAAUCGGGGUUUUACUUCAACAUGAAGUAUUUCGAGGAGAAAGUGCUGGCUGGAGAAUGGGAUGAAGUUGAAAAGUACUUAGCGGGUUUUACCAAAGUUGAUGAUAACAGAUACUCAAUGAAGAUAUUUUUUGAAAUCAGGAAACAGAAGUAUCUUGAAGCGCUUGAUAGGCAAGACAAGGCGAAAGGUGUUGAAAUUUUAGUGAGCGAUUUGAAGGUAUUCUCGACAUUUAAUGAGGAACUGUACAAAGAAAUCACUCAGCUUUUAACUCUUAACAAUUUCAGGGAAAAUGAGCAACUAUCCAAGUAUGGCGACACUAAAACAGCUCGUAGCAUUAUGUUGGUAGAGUUAAAAAAGCUUAUUGAAGCAAAUCCUCUCUUUCGUGAUAAGCUUGCGUUUCCUACCUUGAAGUCAUCUCGAUUGAGGACCCUAAUCAAUCAGAGUUUGAACUGGCAGCACCAGUUAUGCAAGAAUCCAAGGCCGAACCCAGACAUUAAGACUUUAUUCACAGACCACACAUGUUCACCUAUGAAUGGUCCUCUUGCUGCUGCACCUGUCAAUCUUCCAGUCGCUGCUGCUGCUGCAAAGCCUGCUGCAUAUACUCCUCUUGGGGCUCAUGGUCCCUUUCCAGCUACUGGUGCAGCAGCUAAUACUAGUGCUUUAGCCAGUUGGAUGGCAAAUACUUCCGCUUCUUCAUCUGUCCAAGCAGCUGUUGUUACUGCAUCGUCAAUUCCUAUUCCACAAAAUCAAGUUCCAGUCUUGAAACGUCCAAGAACACCACCAACCGCCCUGGGCAUCGUUGAUUAUCAGAAUCCUGAUCAUGAACUAAUUAAACGUCUCCGGCCUGCCCAAUCUGUUGAAGAGGUCACAUAUCCAGCAUCUAGACAACAUGCAUCUUGGUCUCUGGAAUACCUGCCAAGGACAGUAGCUUUUUCCUUGCAUCCAGGGUCAGCUGUCAUGAGCAUGGAUUUUCACCCUUCUCACCACACAUUGCUUCUUGUUGGUUCUGUUAAUGGUGAAAUUACACUUUGGGAACUCAUCUCACGGGAGAGGUUGUUUUCGAAGCCCUUCAAGAUUUGGGACAUGUCAGCUUGUUCAUUGCAAUUUCAGGCGUCUGGUUUCAAGGAUGCCUCAAUUUCUGUUACCCGUGUUGCAUGGAGUCCUGAUGGAAAUUUUGUGGGGGCUGCAUUUAAUAAACACUUGAUUCACUUGUAUGCUUAUAAUGGACCAAAUGAUCUGCGCCAGCAUUUAGAGAUUGAUGCCCAUGUUGGUGGUGUGAAUGAUUUGGCUUUUGCUCAUCCAAACAAACAACUAUGUGUGGUCACCUGUGGAGAUGACAAGCUAAUAAAGGUGUGGGAUUUAACAGGACGGAAGCUGUUUAAUUUUGGAGGUCAUGAGGCACCGGUUUAUAACAUUUGUCCACACCACAAAGAGAACAUCCAGUUCAUAUUCUCUACUGCUAUUGAUGGGAAAAUAAAGGCCUGGCUAUAUGACAAUAUGGGAUCUAGAGUUGACUACGAUGCUCCUGGCCGGUGGUGUACUACGAUGCUUUACAGCACUGAUGGCAGUAGGCUGUUCUCUUGUGGAACAAGUAAAGAUGGAGAAUCUUAUCUGGUCGAAUGGAAUGAAAGUGAAGGAUCGAUAAAGAGGAGUUUUGUUGGGUUCAGAAAGAAAUCAGCAGGUGUUGUGCAGUUUGACACUACCCAAAACCACUUUUUGGCUGCUGGUGAUGAUGGUCAGAUAAAGUUUUGGGAUAUGGAGAAUACCAAUGUCCUCACAAGCACAGAUGCAGAUGGGGGGUUGCAGACUCUUCCUCGCCUGAGAUUCAACAGGGAAGGGAAUCUUCUCGCUGUUUCCACAGCAGACAAUGGAUUCAAGAUACUUGCAAAUGCUGCUGGUCUCAGAUCAUUGAGAGCAGUUGAAACUCAAUCUUUUGAAGCAUUGAGAUCACCUAUGGAAUCUGCUGCUAUCAAGGUUUCUGGUGCUUCUAGCAUCGCAAAUGCCAGUCCAGUGAACUGUAAAGUGGAAAGGAACUCUCCCGUCAGGCCUUCUCCAAUUCUUAAUGGAGUUGAUCCUUUGAAUAGAAGCAUGGAAAAACCAAGAACUGUGGAUGAUGUAAUUGAUAAAACAAAACCAUGGCAAUUGGCUGAAAUUGCAGAUCCCAGCGAGUGUAGAUUAGUUACCUUGCCUGAGAGCGCAGAUACCUCCAGCAAGGUUGUUCGUCUUCUAUAUACAAAUUCUGGUGUUGGCAUGUUGGCUCUAGGAGCAAAUGGUAUUCAGAAGCUUUGGAAGUGGCCACGCAAUGAACAAAAUCCAAGUGGAAAGGCCACCGCCAGUGUUGCUCCACAGCAUUGGCAACCAAACAGUGGCCUUCUUAUGACUAAUGAUGUCUCAGGUGUCAACCUUGAAGAAGCAGUCCCAUGCAUAGCUCUCUCAAAGAAUGACUCAUAUGUAAUGUCAGCCACUGGUGGGAAGGUUUCACUGUUUAACAUGAUGACAUUCAAGGUGAUGACAACUUUCAUGUCCCCUCCCCCUGCUUCAACCUUUCUAGCAUUCCAUCCCCAGGAUAACAAUAUCAUAGCCAUUGGAAUGGAGGAUUCAACUAUCCACAUAUACAAUGUUAGAGUGGAUGAGGUGAAAUCAAAAUUAAAGGGUCACCAGAAGCGAGUAACUGGUUUAGCCUUUUCCACCAAUCUUAAUAUCUUGGUAUCAUCAGGUGCUGAUGCACAGCUUUGCAUCUGGAGCAUUGAUACAUGGGAGAAGAGAAAAUCAGUUGCUAUUCAAAUUCCUGCAGGAAAGUCACCUACUGGUGACACCCGUGUACAGUUCCACUCUGAUCAGACUCGCUUGCUUGUGAUUCAUGAGACUCAGUUGGCAAUAUAUGAUGCCUCCAAGAUGGAGCGUAUCCGUCAGUGGGUACCACAAGAUGCUGUUUCUGCACCCAUAUCUUAUGCAGCAUACUCUUGCAACAGUCAAUUGAUUUAUGCUACAUUCUGUGAUGGUAACAUUGGAGUGUUUGAUGCUGAUAGCCUGAGGCUUAGAUGCCGAAUUGCCCCCUCAGUAUACAACGGGAGCCAAACUGUGUACCCACUAGUUGUUGCUACGCAUCCACUCGACCCAAACCAGUUAGCCUUGGGGUUGACAGAUGGAUCUGUUAAGGUGAUAGAACCCACCGAAUCAGAAGGGAAGUGGGGAACGAGUCCGCCUGUAGAUAAUGGGGUGCUAAAUGGUAGGACGACAUCAUCAUCUACUACAAGCAACCACACGCUAGAUCAGUUGCAAAGAUAAGAAUCCUUGCAGUGUGCAUUGUAUUUGCAUAUGGGCAUCUGUAAUUCAUCAACAUAGAAUUUAGUUCCUUAGUCCCUCCCCCUCAUAUGUCCCUUAUCAAAGGUUAGAUACACAACAUUCUUGUAUACUUGUCUAGUUAGCUCUAGUUACUUGAUUUUCUCCCCUUUUUUUUCUCAUUUUCCCCUACGUAUUUGCCCAUCUAAACAUGUCUUGUAUCCAUAAUUUCUGUCCUUUUCUCCCUUAAUAAACUCAUUUGUGAUUGUGAACACGGUUGCUGCGCAUACUCAUGGGAGUGGACGUGGGAAGGAAAUCUAGAAGUUCAAAACUUGAGUGGCAGGGUUAAAGCUUCAGCAUGACUAGUUUUUGUUUCUGUUUCAUUUUCUUAUAUCUGUAAGAAUUCAUAACAGUGAUACGAACAGGUAAAUUCCUGACAGGUUAUGGGUCAAAAUUGGUGAGUGCUCUAAAUUUCAAGCA